CUGUCUCGAGUUUCCACGCACUUUUUAGUCACCAUGUACGACCCUUUCAACGAUUAUUUGGGACUUAGUGGACUUUUGUCCAAUUGCAGAGUAAAUGAUGAGUUUAUCUCGACACCGUUCCACCACAACGACGACUUCGAGUCCAACGGCGUCAACGUCCCAAUGAUGUCGCGAUCGGUUUCGUCCAUCAGUGACCUUAUCAAGAACAACAUGGUCUCGGGUCUGCAUGUCUCGACGAGCCAGACAUCGACUGCUUCGACCGGGUUCAUGCCUUUACAGUUGCCGCUGAACAUCGCUAAGAUCACCGAGCUCUCCAAGGUGAUGAGGGGAGGAAUUAGGCGAGCUGAGCCAAACUGGUGUGUGUUUUGCAAGAACAACGGAGAGAGUGAGAUGGUGUAUGUCAGCCACAAACUGAAAUCGAAGGAAGGCAUCACAACCUGCCCGAUACUACGAGCCUACACAUGUCCACUCUGCGGGACCAACGGCAACCGGGCACACACAGUCAAAUACUGUCCAAAGUAUAAAGAAAAACAAAUAGGAUCGACCUCCGGCCCGGUGACCAUCGGAUCCCAGUAUCGAACCCCACGGACAUCGACCGGACGCCGACCGUUAAGAUCUUCUAGUCUCAGCCUGAGCUCCGAUCCCUACGGAAGUUUAUCGUCAUACAUCGGGGGAAACAUGGUACCGGGAAACAUCGCCUGA